AUGGCUGAUCAAUCCAAAAUGUACCGCUGGGAUGGGUCGUUUGACUUCAAACGGCGGGAGGACUGGGAUUACAAGCAUUCGUACAGCUUCAUGGCCGGAUGGCUAGGUCAAGAUGAGGCCAAGGAAGCGCAGCGUCGAAAGAAGAAGAUAGGGACGGUAGAUGAACAAGCACCACCGCUUCCAAAGGACAAUAGCUUGGUCGAAACAAUCGAGAAGACUGCGAAGCACGUGCACAGGUCGAAUGACCCCACAGUCUUCGAACAUUUGAUUCAGGAGAAGAACAAAGGAAGAGCUGGAUGGGACUUCCUGCAGGAAGGAGGUGAAGGCCGUGAGUACUACCUCUUUUGCCGACAUUGUUGCGAACGAGAGGUUGAACCAAGACCACUGGCACUCCACGCUCGGAAAGUGAAGGAAGACCGCGAACUGAAGCAGGCCAAUGCAAAAGCCAAUGUGUUCACAGGAUAUCAAGGGACAGAAAUACCCAAGAAGACGGAAAAGGAUGCAAAAUUCCAAAUUGGAGAGUUGAUGGAAGUCAUUGGUGUCAAAAGCAAACCAGAUUACAACGGCAAAAUCGUUCGCGUGAUGAAGUUCUACCCCGAGGCCGAUAGGUACGAAGUCAAGUUCGAAGGCGGCCGCUAUGAUACGGUGGUUGUGAAGCUGAAAGAAGAAAAUUUGAUGUAUUCCGCCAUGCGGGAGAAAGAGGUUCAAGAGCGGAAGGAGAUGCCUGAGGGAGAAAUCCCAAAUGGGACCAAGGUUGAAAUCAGUGGCCUUCAAAGCGAUGCGGCCAAGUGGAUGAACGGUCAGAAGGCGAUUGUCGUUUGCUGGGACAAGGACACCGAGCGGUAUGAGGUUCGUUUGAGCAUCAACAAUGAUGUCAAGAAGGUGAAAGCAGCCAAUUUGAGACUAGAAGUUCCAGAAGGAUGGGAGGUCGACACUACUACGUCAACACAGAAGGUCACAUGGAAGCAUCCGACGGUGACCAACCAACGCGGGAAGUUCGGACAGGUGAGGGAGAAAUUGGAUGCCGACCUCGAAGAGGUGGAGCUGGACCAUGAGCGAAAGCACUACGAGGUCGAUGAUCAGGAAGAGAUGGAGGGCCAAUUCAACUUGCAAGCCUUGGUGAAGAAAGUUGAGGAGCAGGAGGAAAGAAGAGAAGCGGCAGAAGAAGCUGGUGCGCCUUUGAGAAUGGGGCUGCGUGACUAUGUGCAGUUCUUCAUUGAGCUUCAUGGCCUGGUGUGCUUGUUGAAAGGUCAAGAUGUUGAUAGCGAUGAUGGGCUUCAUGAUAUGGCAAAGCCCAAGAAAAAGAAAGCAAAGAAAGAGAAGGUUUCACCUGAAUCCAUCGUGGAGAAGGCGUUGCUUUUGAUCGAGCACACCUUCGUGGCGCGCGAAUCCAUUAAGAAGGACUAUUCGCGCCUGGAUGGCAAUUUCGUUGCCCGGGACCUGGAUCCUGUCAUCCAAAGAUGGGAGGCUCUGGAGCGGAUUUCAGAGGCGCCAGAUGAGUUGUGCAAAGAAACCUUCGAAGUGAUGUUGGCUCUAAUACAACGAGGUGCAGAUCUUCUGAAAGAGCUAUCGCAGAAUCGUUUGCAGCUCUCUGAGUUGAACAAGGUCUUGAAUCGCGUCACGACGUUGGGAGCUCAGCACCUUCGCAUGAGUCUUUCACAACAUUCAAUACUUGCAUGA